CUUAAGCUUCACCUACAGUUCUUUCAGCUAUCAUGGGUAUAUUUAAACUUGAUGAUCUUCUCAAGGAUCUUGGUGAGUUUGGUCCUUACCAGAGGAGGGUGUUUGCCAUCACUUGUUCCAUAGUCUUCUUCUCGUCCUAUGUGUCGAUGAUACCUGUCUUCCUGGCAGCAACCGUUGAUCACUGGUGCGAGACAGACGAUUGGUCUUCAACAGUUUGUGAGGGCUCAGGUUUGUCCGUAGAAGAAUGCCAGAUUGCCAAGAAGAAUGCCAGCAUCCCAUUUAACUACACAUCAGAUGGAGAGCUCGUCUACGCACAAUGUGAGAAAUAUAAUGUGUCAGGAGUUGGUUUCUGGCCUGGGAUGGAUCCGUCCAAUUACAGCAGCGAAUCGCCACCGCAGAUUAUCCCAUGUGAUCAGGGAUGGUCGUAUGAUACAAGCCAAUACAAAUCUUCUAUUGUUACAGACUUUGACCUGGUGUGCGGCAAAGAAGAUCUUACUCAGGUAUCCCAGUCACUUUAUUUUGGAGGAUAUCUGCUUGGAUCACUCGUGUUUGGCUCACUUGCUGAUGUAAUUGGACGAUGGUGGUCUUUGAUGAUCUGUUUGAUAAUACGGCUCAUCACCGGGUUUGCCCUUGCUUUCUCUCCGUCAUGGUGGGUGUUUUCUACCAUUCGAUUCAUCCAAGGAUGCGUAGCAAUCCCAAUAUAUAUCAUUGCAUUCGUCUUAGCAAAUGAAUUUGCAGGUACGUCUAGACGUAACAUCACCGGGAUACUCUUUGCUGUCCCUUUUGCUACCGGGUAUGUCUCACUUGCACUGGUUGCCUAUUUUUUACGCCACUGGAGGACCCUUGAGAUGGUCGCCACCGCUCCUACCCUUUUCCUCAUGGCAAUAAUGAUAUUUUUACCCGAGUCGGUGAGGUGGCAGAUAUCGAACGGAAGAUAUGACCAAGCAGAAAAGACACUCAAGGUCUUGGCUAAAUCUAACAAGAAGACACUUCCUGAACCACUCUUUACUGAUCAAAUCAAAGAUGGAAUGAAAUCCGAAGAUCCGGGACAUCAGCCAUCGGCCUUGGACCUAUUCCGAACCCCCAAGAUGCGAAUGCGAACUAUUAAUCUCACAUUUACCUGGAUGGUAAACGCAGUCGUGUAUCAUGGACUGUCUUUGAAUACUUCCAAUCUUGGUGUCAACGAUUACCUGGCCUUUGCUGUCUCAGGAGCGGUCGAGAUACCAGCCUAUUUCUUUUCAUCAGUAUUGAUCGAGCUGAUCGGUAGACCCAAGAGUCUUUGUGGUCUCCUCCUCCUCAGUGGUGCAUCCUUACUCUCUACCGCCAUUUUCCCUCCUGGGACAGCACUGACGGCUGUUGCUAUGGUAGGCAAAUUUGGAAUAUCUGCCGCAUAUGCAGUCAUCUAUCUGUAUUCGGUUGAACUAUACCCGACAUCAAUAAGGAGUGCUGCGAUGGGCGCGUUUUCAACCUUCUCACGCAUUGCUGGUAUCAUCUCCCCGCUCAUCCUCACGCUCUCUAAGUAUUGGAAUCCUCUUCCUAUGGUGAUCUACGGAGCAGCAGGUGUAGCCGUAGGGUUAUCAACUCUCCUCCUCCCUGAAACACGCGGGAUGAAGCUACCGGACACGCUGGAAGAAGGAGAGAACUUCGGAAUGACAAGCGUGGAAGAAGAGAAGAUGGAUGUAACAUUUAAGGAGGCGUCUGUGCAAGUCACCCUGCCCGAGAAAAGAGAAAGAACCAUUUGAUUAAUUUUCGAAAGUUUAAUUUCGGUAAAAGUACGAUUUAUAUGAAGUACGGGUCUCCCUUACUCAUGUUAUUUUUCGGUUAUCGGUUAUAAAAUAAGAGAGUUAUGGAAUCUUUAAAAGCCUUUACUUUCUAUGUAUGGGGGUCCUCAAAUCG